CCACCAACUACGAGAGCUUGUCUCCGGGGUAUGGCGCCGGCUUCUGGAGCACCGCCGCCUCGAAAGAGGGCUCGGGUUCGGCAGGCAUGCAAUCGCUGCAAAGCCAGAAAGAUCCGGUGUGGGAAUGCCCGGCCGUGCAUCCACUGUACGGAAGCAGGGGAGCGGUGCGUCGACUGGAGGCCGGGUGAAGAGGGGGAAGAGGCGCCUGCGUCGCUUUCCCCACACAUUUCGCCGCAACAGAGCAACGAUUGGCGAUCAACCAGUCAGCACGGCCAAUCCGAUACCGUCUGGCCUCCGCAGCACGAUGCUGAACGAAAGCGUUACCUUGCUUUCCCCUAUGACACCAUCUACAGAAACGAGCUGAUGCACCGCAGAGGUCUCUCCCUUUCCUCUGGUCUCUCGUCGCUUUCCUAUCUGCACGGCUUGCACAAGCUGGCGAAUGAACAGAUGCUCGACGACUUGUGGAGCUUCCUCGGCGACCCUACAGGUCUUGGCUUUGGCAGUGAGCUCCUCGAUGUAGCGGGCCAAGAGCUCUUUGGAACUCUUCCACCUCCUGCUCCUGCUCCUGCCCCGGCCCCGGCCCCGGCCCCCGGUAUGGCCGUCGCGGCUCUCACAACAAAUGGCUUCCCUGCAUCCCCUCUUCAGUCCUCGGCAUCCCCAUCGAGGAGUCGACAAGAGCGAGAGCAACGGGAAAGAGGGAAGGCAAGGGAGCCCGAACUCAAUCCGUGGGAUACCGUCGAGAAGGAGCUCCCGUUCGAACUUCGCAACCAUCUGAUCCAGGUGUUUCUCCAUGGGCCCUAUGUCCUCUGGCCCACAUUUAGCAUCUCACGUUUCUCUAGGGUGAUCCUCGACCCCGCGCUUCGCAACGACGCCGUAUUCUGUUGCCUCGUCGUUGCUAUCUGCGCUGUUGCUUCCCAGCACGAGGAGCGAAAAGGCCCACAGAAGAGUCGGCCAAAGGUCGACUUUGUCGCGCUGUUCAACAAGAUCCGAUGGCCUGCUUCCAAGAACACCGAGUGGUCCUCGCUCUUCUUCAUCCAAGCCCUCUUCUAUCUCGCAAAUUUCUGCCAAGGAGGAUUUGGCCCUCACGGCGUCAACUACUCGCAUUCUCUACUUAACGAUGCAGUCUCUUUAAUCUGGGAUGCGUGUCUGCAUCGGUCUGCAGAGACGUAUCUGCAAAGUAUUUCCAAAGCCGAAGCAGAAGAGCAGCGAAGGACCGUCUGGGCAGUAUACUGCGCUGACAAAACGUCGGCCGCCUACGGACGGCCUGUGAUGCUUCGACUGGCCGACAUGGACAUCGAUGAGAUUGAUGCCGACAAUGGCGACUUUGACGAGCGAGCUCCGUCUGCUCAUUACGUGGGCCUGGCACAGCCACCCACGCUCGGGGCCUUCUACCGGGCGACGAUUAGGAUGUUCUGUGUGCUCGAACGGGUUCUUGACAAGAUCAACAUUCCUGCUUGCCACGCUUCAGCUGCGCUUAAGAUGCUAGCUAGCCGGGGCGCGACGAGGCGACCACGGCUGAGCGCCAAUGUGGACGAAUUAUCCCAGUGUCGAGCCAACCACGCACAGAUCUCGUUUGACGAGGAGCUGCAUCUUCUUGACACCUUUCAGGAAGCUGAUCUUCCUCCUGUCACAAGGGCCCACCUUGACGACGCGCUCUAUCAUGCGUACAGCGAGAGGAUCAGAACGACAUCGUCGUGGAUCAAAAUGUUCAUCUUUCGGCAUCUCUUCUCCAUGACCAACACAGAUCUCAGUCGAAGGGAGCCCGACUUUGGGUAUGCGGAACAGGUCGUCUACUGGAGUCGCGAGCUGCUAACAUCGCAAAGGAAAAUGAUCGAGUGGGGCACGCCGACCGACAUGGCACCCCUUGUUUCAUAUCAAAUUUCUCAAACCGGCAGAGGUCUCUUGCCCCUCGUCAGCCUUGGCGCCCAAUUCCUUUUCCCUCCGCCGUCCGAACCUACUUCAAACCGUCCUGCCGAUCGGAUCUUGUCUGAGGAGAACAGAAAGUUGGUGGAUGAAAGCAAGUCGCUCCUCCUCCUCUCCUUUGAUCUGCUCAAGAAAUUGGGCCUGCAGUCAAGCGUGCGGUCGGUGCAAGUCCUCGAGACCGUUGUCUCGAGGUUGGAUCUAGAUGCCUUGAUCGAUGAAGCCAGACCGAGGGGGUUCAUGGCUCCAGAGAGGCCGGUCGGAGAGCGAAUUGCCGACGAGGAAACCGUCGAACGGGACAUUUCAUUCGGGAGGAGGAGAUCCGAGUGGAUCCAAGAUCUACCCUUGGACACGCCGAUGGAGAAGACAACGCCGACGAGCCAGCACCGGCAUGGGUCCUCGCCCGCCAUGGCAGUCCUUUCCCCGAUGAGCGACGCAGCGGGCAGAAACGGCGCCCCUCGCCAUCCUCGGGGCGGGUACAUGCGUCCAGGUUAUUCCCCGUCACGACCUAUCUUGUAAUCGUAUACCUUUCCACAUCUGGAUAUUGAUAGAAGGCGCCUUUACGCUGCACGACGUCGAUGUCAAUGCUUGUCAAUAACCUCUUUUCUGGACCACCUUUUAAGAGCCUGGCCGAGAGGCGAUCGCCAACCUUGACCGGUCCGACGUUGGGAGGUGAUCCCGUCAGAAUGACAUCGCCUCGCUCGAGCGACAUGAUCGAAGAGGCAUAUGAGAUGAGCUCGGCAAUCGGAUAAAGGAGGUUGGACGUAUGACCUCGUUGAGCUUCCUUUC